AUACUGCCGGUGGUUGGCUGUCGAGCAGCGGCAGUCGCCUUGCAUUACUUCUUGUUAGCAGCGUUUUUGUGGAUGGCUGUGGAAGGGUUUAAUAUGUAUCUCGCUUUUGUUAAAGUGUUUUCUUAUUCGUCUCAAUUCAAGUUCAUGCUGAAGAGCUGUUUAUUUGCCUGGGGAACUCCUGGUAUAAUAGUAGCAAUUACAAUGGUGGUUGCCAUGGAUGAAUAUGGCGACAAUAAUUAUUGUCGACUACAAGGCUUGCCAUUCAUUGUGGCAUUUCUCACUCCAGCUGUUGUGAUCUUCACUGGUAAUAUCGUUGCCUUUUGCUUCAUAAUUCGGUCAUUGCUCACUUCCGGUACGAGAGUUACCUCUGACCGCAAAACAUCGGGUUUUCAGCAAGCUAAACAAGGAAUUGCGAUUAUGGUUCUUCUUGGCUUGACCUGGCUUUUUGGCAUCCUUGCGAUUGACGAUGGUAAAGUCGUAUUUCACUAUUUGUUUGCCAUUUUCAACUCACUUCAAGGACUGUUUGUGUUUAUCUUCUUCGUUAUUUUACCCACUGGUACAAGACAACAACUUCGAAAGUUUGCUCGGAAAAAGACACAAGUCCAACGUCGCGAUCUUCAACUAAAGCAGAUGAAAGAGGAGCGUUCUCUCAUACCUCAUACACGUAACACUGUUGCAAACGUGUAACCAUUUUCCUGGAAAACGUCAUAAAAAAACGUCAACCUCGUACCUAGGCCUUAUCGUAGGGGGAAGGAAAAGCCCUGGAAUUCACCGA